CCUCUCCACAACUCUCAGCAACUACCUGUUCUCCCAGGAGGCCAUGCAAGCGAAGGGUCCUGAAGCUUAAGAUUUAUUAGCUUCAUAUAAAGGUCUGAGCGGACCUUUCAGGCCAGGCAGCGUAUCACUUGCCUAUGUUCCUUGCAUCCAGGUUAGGGCCUACCACAGGGUAGGUGCUUGGAAUGUGCUGGGGAUUAAAGGCUUAAAUCCUGCGGGCCCCUCAAUCUGAUCUAAGGACACGAGUGGCUUAGAGAACGGCGCGACAAGGCUGAGCGAAAGAAAACAAGGUGGUGUGGCUGGGAGUGGGCUCCUUCCCUCCGCUGGUGAGGGUGUGAUCUUAGACUCUUGACAGAACAGGACAUAAGGGCCGCGUUCCAACGGCGGCCUUCUCCCCUACCGGGGAUAAGAAUAGAAAGCACCCUGUGGGAUCUGCAGAACAGCUCGCGUCUCAUUCCAGGCGCCCGACAAGGUGAAAUGCAAGACACCCCACUACCGGAAGUAUCUUUGAGAGUAAAAAAAAAAACGGCGGAAGUAGGCCGCAGCGCUUCCUCAGUAUAGUCCCUCAAGUCGGCUCGCCUACUUUCUACGGGAAAGGGAGGUGCUCCACAUUUCCAUGCAGCUGUGCAGCGCCGCGGGUUCCACGCGCAGGCUCGGUUGGCCAAUUGCACCUCCCAGCCAUCUUUUAGCCACCCAGUCCUUUCCCAGGUUCUCGAGCCAGGACGUGACGUAUUCAUACGUACUGGGGGCGGGACCUGAAGGGGAAAAGCGUUUGAGCCGGGAUAUCGCGAGAACAUUCCGUUUUUUCGUAGUUCUCGUGCUGCGGCUCAGCUCUCGUCGCAACGAGAUCUUUCGAGAUCUUCUCCGCCCCCGCUACCGGCGCCUCCUCUGCGGCCACUGAGCCGGAGCCGGCCUGAGCAGCGGUCUCGGUUGCAGUCCCCACUGGAAGGACCUAGGCGCUCGCGUGGACGCCGCACGCCCCUCAGUAGCCUCGGCCCAAGAGGCCUGCUUUCCACGCGCUAGCCCCGCCGGGGUCCGUGUCCUGUCUCGGUGGCCGGACCCGGGCCCGAGCCCGAGCAGUAGCCAGCGCCAUGUCGGUGGUGGGCAUAGACCUGGGCUUCCAGAGCUGCUACGUCGCUGUGGCCCGCGCCGGCGGCAUCGAGACUAUCGCUAAUGAGUAUAGCGACCGCUGCACGCCGGCUUGCAUUUCUUUUGGUCCUAAGAAUCGUUCAAUUGGAGCAGCAGCUAAAAGUCAGGUAAUUUCGAAUGCCAAGAACACAGUCCAAGGAUUUAAAAGAUUCCAUGGCCGAGCAUUCUCUGAUCCAUUUGUGGAGGCAGAAAAAUCUAACCUUGCAUAUGAUAUUGUGCAGUUGCCCACAGGAUUAACAGGUAUAAAGGUGACAUAUAUGGAGGAAGAGCGAAAUUUUACCACUGAGCAAGUGACUGCUAUGCUUUUGUCCAAACUGAAGGAGACAGCCGAAAGUGUGCUUAAGAAGCCUGUAGUUGACUGUGUUGUUUCGGUUCCUUGUUUCUAUACUGAUGCAGAAAGACGAUCAGUGAUGGAUGCAACACAGAUUGCUGGUCUUAAUUGCUUGCGAUUAAUGAAUGAAACCACUGCAGUUGCUCUUGCAUAUGGAAUCUAUAAGCAAGAUCUUCCUGCCUUAGAAGAGAAACCAAGAAAUGUAGUUUUUGUAGACAUGGGCCACUCUGCUUAUCAAGUUUCUGUAUGUGCAUUUAAUAGAGGAAAACUGAAAGUUCUGGCCACUGCAUUUGACCCAACAUUGGGAGGUAGAAAAUUUGAUGAAGUGUUAGUAAAUCACUUCUGUGAAGAAUUUGGGAAGAAAUACAAGCUAGACAUUAAGUCCAAAAUCCGUGCAUUAUUACGACUCUCUCAGGAGUGUGAGAAACUCAAGAAAUUGAUGAGUGCAAAUGCUUCAGAUCUCCCUUUGAGCAUUGAAUGUUUUAUGAAUGAUGUUGAUGUAUCUGGAACUAUGAAUAGAGGCAAAUUUCUGGAGAUGUGCAAUGAUCUCUUAGCUAGAGUGGAGCCACCACUUCGUAGUGUUUUGGAACAAACCAAGUUAAAGAAAGAAGAUAUUUAUGCAGUGGAGAUAGUUGGUGGUGCUACACGAAUCCCUGCGGUAAAAGAGAAGAUCAGCAAAUUUUUUGGUAAAGAACUUAGUACAACAUUAAAUGCUGAUGAAGCUGUCACUCGAGGCUGUGCAUUGCAGUGCGCCAUCUUAUCGCCUGCUUUCAAAGUCAGAGAAUUUUCUAUCACUGAUGUAGUACCAUAUCCAAUAUCUCUGAGAUGGAAUUCUCCAGCUGAAGAAGGGUCAAGUGACUGUGAAGUCUUUUCCAAAAAUCAUGCUGCUCCUUUCUCUAAAGUCCUUACAUUUUAUAGAAAGGAACCUUUCACUCUUGAGGCCUACUACAGCUCUCCUCAGGAUUUGCCUUAUCCAGAUCCUGCUAUAGCUCAGUUUUCAGUUCAGAAAGUCACUCCUCAGUCUGAUGGCUCCAGUUCAAAAGUGAAAGUCAAAGUUCGAGUAAAUGUCCAUGGCAUUUUCAGUGUGUCCAGUGCAUCCUUAGUGGAGGUUCACAAAUCUGAGGAAAAUGAGGAGCCAAUGGAAACAGAUCAGAAUGCAAAGGAGGAAGAGAAGAUGCAAGUGGACCAAGAGGAACCACAUGUUGAAGAACAACAGCAACAGACACCAGCAGAAAAUAAGGCAGAGUCUGAAGAAAUGGAGACCUCUCAAGCUGGAUCAAAGGAUAAAAAGAUGGACCAACCACCCCAAGCCAAGAAGGCAAAAGUGAAGACCAGUACUGUGGACCUGCCAAUUGAGAAUCAGCUAUUAUGGCAGAUAGACAGAGAGAUGCUCAACUUGUACAUUGAAAAUGAGGGUAAGAUGAUCAUGCAGGAUAAAUUGGAGAAGGAGCGGAAUGAUGCUAAGAAUGCAGUGGAGGAAUAUGUAUAUGAAAUGAGAGACAAGCUUAGUGGUGAAUAUGAGAAGUUUGUGAGUGAAGAUGAUCGUAACAGUUUUACUUUGAAACUAGAAGAUACUGAAAAUUGGUUGUAUGAGGAUGGAGAAGACCAGCCAAAGCAAGUUUAUGUCGAUAAGUUGGCUGAAUUAAAAAAUCUAGGUCAACCUAUUAAGAUACGGUUCCAGGAAUCUGAAGAACGACCAAAAUUAUUUGAAGAACUAGGGAAACAGAUCCAACAGUAUAUGAAAAUAAUCAGCUCUUUCAAAAACAAGGAGGACCAGUAUGAUCAUUUGGAUGCUGCUGACAUGACGAAGGUAGAAAAAAGCACAAAUGAGGCAAUGGAGUGGAUGAAUAACAAGCUAAAUCUGCAGAACAAGCAGAGUUUGACCAUGGAUCCAGUUGUCAAGUCAAAAGAGAUUGAAGCUAAAAUUAAGGAGCUGACAAGUAUUUGUAGCCCUAUAAUUUCAAAGCCUAAACCCAAAGUGGAACCUCCAAAAGAGGAACAAAAAAAUGCAGAGCAGAAUGGACCAGUGGAUGGACAAGGAGACAACCCAGGUCCCCAGGCUGCUGAGCAGGGUACAGACACAGCUGUGCCUUCGGAGUCAGACAAGAAGCUUCCUGAGAUGGACAUUGAUUGAUUCCAACACUUGUUUCUAUUAAAACAGACUAUUAUAAAGCUUUAAGUUGUCAACUUUGUUCUAAAUAUCAGCUAGAGCAAGUGAAUACUGAAGAUUUCUUAGUCAGUUUUUAGGGGAUUUUCGGGGAGGGGAAAUAGGUAAUGUAUGGAGCAUUUUGACUUCUAAAUAGUUAGAUACAGAAAUUAAGUGCAUUGUAUCUUUUUCAUAAUGGUACUAUUUAGAAGCCCAGUUAGUCUUACUGAGCUAAUGCUUCACUCCUUUAUGUUUAACCAUGUGUCUACAAGAAUAAGUUUGUUUUGGAAAGUUGAGCUAUAGCUACAGCUCUAGCUAUCCAGCAGACUUUUCAUUAUGACUUACAUGGCAGGAGCUCUAAUUAUGCUUUAAAAAUCUGUUGUGGAGAUAGCUCUAAAGGCUCCCUGCCUGGUGUGGGGAUGGGGUCUCCCUCUUUGUGAGGGUUGGAGCAUGGCACAGCAUGGAUUAACACGGGAGAGGAACAAAGGUGUGCUCUGAACGUCUUCAUAUUUCACCUUCACCCUCACCUGUGUUCUGUUCCCUAUCUCCCAAUAAAAGGGCUCCCAUUAUAAAUGCCAUGUACUUCUCUUGGGAAAAUAGACCCCCUUGCCUAGAGUAAGUUGUUAACUGAGGGCUUUAAACCUGGAGGCUCUUUCUGAAAGUUUGUUCACGAAUACCCCAAUCAUCAGGGUCUAAAUAAUUUUCAGAAGAUUAGAAUUGGGUAGAUAUACUGUUGGAGAUAGCCAUGGUAAAUUUAACUGAGGAAUUAAAUCCUUGUUAAUUUUGGUGUAAAGAUUUGUAUCCUGGCCUGUUUAUUCAGGUGGGAGAUGUUCUGUAUAAUUUUGAGGUAUAGCUUGAACUCCUAGGACAAGAGUUAAAAGUUCUUUUUAGCUCAUUCACAAUCACUUGUGUGUUGUGUUAAUACCUAUCAUGAACCUGCCAAUUUGUACAUGUUAAGCAGCUGACAGAUGAUAGAAAAAAACUAAGAUACACUGGAUUGUACUGGAUGAGUCUGAAAUUAGUGUUAAAGAAGUGUGGUGCCUGAUGUUAUAACAACACCUCAUUCUUAACUGUGUGGCCAGUGUCAGGUAUACCAAAGCAUUCCUCUGACUGCUUUUUGGGGCAGUGUUGACAGGAGUGAGGCAUUUUGGAAACUCCAAGGGAAGCCUGUGUUUGAGGCCAGAGUUGGUACCUGCUUUAAGAAACUUAAAAGACUUGUUGGUAAUGUUUUGGAUCUUUGUAAAAAUUGAUAUUCUGUAUAACAGAGUGCCUCUCUGUUACUUUUGGCCUAUGUUGUUAGAAAUAAGAUGAUAUGUUGCAUAGUUAGAAUUAAGCGUUUGUCCAUCUCUAGAUACAUCGAAAAGUUUGAGUGUUACAGGCUCUCAAGUGCUACAGAGAAAAAUUGCUUAGGAGGAGGAAGGGGAAAGUAUACUUACACUGGUGUGUAAGCACGCAUGGAAGCCUCGUGGCACCGCAACAAGGCCCUGUUCUUAGCACAUCUCUGUUCUCUACCUGUCAUGCUUCAAGAGUUCCAGCUGGCCUGCUGUGAAGCCAAUAGCUAUUUUAAAAGUGCUGGCUGCAGGAUUAAGCCAACCCUUGUACAACUGGCCAAGUCCUUAAUGGCCAUUUCUUCUUUAAAAAAAAAAAAAAAAAAUUGUUUUUGUUUUUUUUUUUGGUGUGUGUGUGUGGUGGGGGAAGGGUGUGGGUGUUGGGAUGGGGUGAAUUUGAAGUUGAAACAAGAUGAUGUGGUCUACUUGCUCUCUGCUUAGACAGACUUUAAGACCAGUUGGAUUUUCAUGGAGGCCAGGACAGAGAGUGGUAAUUGAUGGCUUGUGUAGAGACAAGCAUUUAUCCAGGUUGCGUUAUCCAAACUGAUUUGUUAAAGCUCCAGGUCACAUUCUUACACUAAGAAAAUCAUUCAGUAAACAUGAGACAAGUUUAGGAAAAACUAAUAAAGUAAACCUGUCUUACACUUGAA